AUGGAUAAUUUGACAGCUAUCCUUUCAGCUGCCGGAGCUGGCCUGCGGGACAUACUCAUCCUGAACAUGUUCAUUGUGGACUGGGCUGAGGAUAAAUUCUCAAAACUUCAGCCCGCCUUUGGGAAACUGAUCCAAUCAGAUGGCGGCCCUGGUUUCCUUGGGAGUUUGUUGGUUCCGGUCAAGGCGAUGGCCUAUCCAAACUUCAAGCUUGAAGUCCAAGUCAUUGCGGCACUUCCAGACUGCAUCCGCAACUGGCAAAAGGAGCUAGCUCUCUCACGCAACCACCCACCAACUUGGCAGACCACCGAUGCCCAAGAAUUCGGGGUCGCCAUCUUUGAAGCAGUUGGAGCCUUUGAUGCCACAGCCGCUGAUAUAGACUUGAAACAGUGCACUUGGGCAGAGGAGGAUUGUACGUUGGAGGAGUGGAUGGCCCGUAAAGAGCUUUCUCCCAUGACCCGUACCUUUACUCGACUGCUUGUCGCCAUUCUUGUUGGUGAAACUGCUGCCGAGAUUGGUGCUCACUAUUUCCUGGACUACAUCAAGUCACAGAGUGGUUCUGAGAGCCUUGCUAGUAAUGGCCCAAAGGGUGUUCAGAAUCUCAAGAUCAAGCAAGGAACCAGCGCCAUUGCCUCGGGAAUGACCUCGGAGCUACCCCCAGGUUCAAUUCUCUUGAACUCACUGGUCGCUUCGGUCCGCCAAGAUGCCAGCAGGAUCAUCGUCACAUACUCACAGCCAUGGUGGGGGGACCUUGGCCUGGCGGGCCAGUUUUUGAGCUUCAAGGGACCAAUCUGCUUUUCUUGGGAUAUCGGUGAUCCCAAGGCAAGUCAAUAUUCUCUUGCCCUCUUUGUGGUAGGACUUCCAGCCCUUGGCUUCAAGGAUCUUCCUCAAUUUGAGCAAGAACAGGCCGUCCUCAUCCACCCCAGCACUCUAGUUGGUCCUGACAGCGCCCACCUUGCCAACGACGCGUUAGAGGUCAACUCCAUCGUGUGGCCGAAUGAAGAAUUCUUCCAUGGCGUGCCGAUUUCAUCCAUAGGACCAAAUACCUUGUCCAAGUAUGGGCAAGAUUUCAGGGCCGUGUUCCAGAAUAUCCACAUUGGGGGUAGCGAGACUCCGUAUGAAUGGAAGGGAUACGUGGAAGGGGCGCUUCUUGCAGGAACGCGAGUGGCAGACGAAGUUGCGGCGAGUCUUCAAGACGAAGAGUAA